CACUCAGUUUCAUCGUCGUCGUCCUUCGUCUCUCCAUAGAAAACACACCAGCUGCUUCUCGUUCUUCCGCGUCGUACGUACCAGUACCACCCUCCUGGAUUACCACCUCCAUAGCUUUGAUAUCUCUCAUCCAUCGAUUCCCUCCUAGAAUCCAAUCCGAUGCGGCGGCCACCACCCCCGCCCCAAGUGGCGUCCUCGUGAGAGGUUGGCAGCGAGCUACAUCAGCGAGAAGCCUAGGGCGCGCAGUAUAUCUCGGAAUGUGCUGGCUCCCAACAGCCGCGAAGCGAUUCUCCCCUCACCCUCGACCACGAGCCGCCUAUAUAACCAUCUCCAUGGCUCCCCCUCCCAACCCCCACCAGAGCUAGCGGCAUCACUGUCAUCGAGCUCGACCGACGACCGUCGAUCGGUACCCGUCGUCGUCGCGGCGUCGUCGACGACGGCAUAAUAAUAUAAUAACCAGGCCAGGGCAGGGAAGAUGGUGAAGUUCUCCAAGCAGUUUGAGGGGCAGCUUGUCCCCGAGUGGAAGCAUGCCUUCCUGGACUACUGCCUGCUCAAAAAGGAUCUCAAGAGGAUGCAGCACGCCCGGCACCAUGCUGCUGCCGACCGUCGCCAAGCAGCAGGCCUAACCGACACGCAAGAAACUGCCGCCGGCCACCACGCGGAACGGGCCUCUCUCUCUCUGUCCCAGUGGCUCCUGGACAGGCUCCCCGCUGGCCUCUUCGGCUCCAAUGCUCCCAACAGGGAUCGUCAUGGGGUCAUACACGUGCACCGCCGCAAGCUGGCGGGGUCGGCGAGCAGAGGCGGCGGCGGCGACGUGUACGAGACGGAGCUGCUGGAGCCGUUGGCCGACGACGACGGCGACGCGGCCGCGGCGCGGGAGUUCUUCGCGCGCCUGGACGCGCAGCUCAACAAGGUGAACCAGUUCUACAGGGGCAAGGAGCAGGAGUUCCUGGAGCGGGGCCGGUCCCUGCGGCGGCAGAUGGACAUACUCGCCGACCUCAGGGCGGCCAGGGCCAGGGAGGACCCCUCCGUCGCCUCCGCUUCCGCCGCCUCCGAGGAUGAGUACACAAGGUAUGCGAUGACGUCAGCAUCAGACACGGACGCGCUGCAGCUGAGCGAGCAAGAAGAACAAGCCACGCCGCUGCCGACCGACGGCCCCGGCGUCACGGCUCAGGAGGACCACCAGCAGCAGCAGGAUCUAGAAGGCUCCGGAACCUUCGCGGUGAGGCCGCCCUUGAGCGGGUGCGGGAGGAAGAGCCUGAAGAUCACCAUCCCACUGACCACCCCCUCCAGGACGAUCUCCGCGCUGACGGACAUCCUGUGGGACGAGCUCGCCAUCAGCCACUUCUCCUCCUCCUCCAAGAAAUGCAUCCCGGACGGGAAGCAGAGCGUCAGCAAGACCAAGCUCCGGCACGCGGAGAAGAUGAUCAAGCGCGCCUUCGUCGAGCUCUACAAGGGGCUGGGCUACCUCGCCACCUACCGGAGCCUGAACAUGAUGGCAUUCGUGAAGAUUCUGAAGAAGUUCGAGAAGAUCACCGGGAAGGAGGUCCUGUCCAUAUAUCUCAAGGUGGUCGAGACCUCCUACUUCAACAGCUCUGAUGAGGCGCUGAAGCUGAUGGACGAGGUCGAGGACAUCUUCGUCCGGCACUUCGCCGGCGACAACCGGCGCAAGGCCAUGAAGUACCUGAGGCCCGCGCAGCGCAGGGACUCGCACGCCGCCACCUUCUUCACGGGGCUCAUGGCCGGCUGCUUCGCCGCGCUGUUCGUGGGCUACUGCGUCAUGGCGCACAUGGCGGGGAUGUACUACUACUACUCCACCCCGGCGCCGCCUUCUCGCGCCCGCGGUACCGGCGGCGGCUCGGUAUCUGUGUCGGUGUCGGUGUCCGUGUACAUGGAGACCGCGUACCCGGUGCUGAGCAUGUUCGCGCUGCUGUUCCUGCACCUGCUCCUCUACGGGUGCAACAUGGUGGCGUGGCGCAGGUGCCGCGUCAACUACGGCUUCAUCUUCGAGUCGUCGCCGUCGCCCGCCGGCGGGGAGCUCGGGCCCCGGGACGUGUUCCUCGUCUGCGCCGCGUCCAUGGCCGCCGUCGCCGGCGUCAUGUUCGCGCACCUCGCCCUCGUGCUCAGGUGGGGCUACCACGCGUCGCCGCACGUGGAAGCCAUCCCCGCGUUCUUGCUCCUGGUGUUCCUGCUGCUGCUGUUCUGCCCGAUCAACGUCGUGUACCGGUCCAGUCGGUUUCAGUUCCUCAGGAUACUGAGGAACAUUGUACUGUCACCGCUCUACAAGGUUGUAAUGGUAGACUUCUUCAUGGCCGAUCAGCUUUGCAGCCAGGUGCCUAUGCUACGGAGCCUGGAGUACCUGGCGUGCUAUUACAUCAGUGGGAGCUACUGGACGCAGGAGUACGGCUACUGCACCAACACCAAGCACAUCAGAGACCUGGCCUACGCCGUCUCCUUCCUGCCGUACUACUGGAGAGCCAUGCAGUGCGCACGGAGGUGGUUCGACGAGGGGGACACGAGCCACCUGGUGAACCUGGGCAAGUACGUCUCCGCCAUGCUCGCCGCCGGCGCCAAAGUGGCGUACGAGAAGGACAGGAGCCUGGCGUCGCUGUCGCUCCUCGUCGCCGUGUCCAGCGGCGCGACGGUGUACCAGCUGUACUGGGACUUCGUCAAGGACUGGGGCCUGCUCCAGCCCAACUCCAAGAACCCCUGGCUCAGGAACGACCUCAUCCUCAGGAGGAAAUCCAUAUACUACCUGUCAAUGGGACUGAACCUUGUGCUGAGGCUCGCUUGGCUGCAGACCAUCAUCCAUCCAAAUUUUGGGAGCUUGGAUUCUAGGGUCACUUCCUUCUUCCUAGCGGCCCUCGAGGUGAUCCGGCGAGGGCAUUGGAACUUCUAUAGGCUGGAGAAUGAGCAUCUGAACAACGCUGGCAAGUUCCGUGCGGUGAAGACGGUUCCACUGCCUUUUCAUGAAGUGGACGACGACUAAAUGCACAUCUACUGAACCAUCUGACCGUCACUGCUACUGCUAGAUCGAACAGCUUUGUUCCUUCAACACUCUGCUGAAAUUUUUUUUGAACUCAAGACGUGGAGAAUUGUUCAGAUCCUUAGCUGUUCGCCUGUUCUUGCGUGUAAUUCGUUCCUUCAGGGAGUGGCGUCUCUAUGUAACCGAAGAUGCUUGAAUCAUUUGUUCGUUCCUAGAUGCGUCAAGGUGUAAAUAAGAGGCAUCGCAAUCGCAUUUCGCAGU